UCUGCGGCAGCACACUUCCUUCUGAUCUUCGCGGAGGACAACACAGACCAAACAUGUACUCUCUGGUGGUGUUGUUCGCGGCCGUGGCCGUCGCCUCUGCUGCUCCCUCCGGCCUCGGCCUGGUGGCCCCCGCGGUCCACACCUACGCCGCCGCCCCCGCUGUUCACACCUACGCCGCUGCCCCCGUAGCUGCCGCCGUGGCGGUCGAGUCCCCCACCGUCGUGGAGACCCGCACCUCCGUGGGCUACGCUCAGGCUGCCGCCCUCAGCAAGCAGGUGCACUACGCCCCCAAGCCCGUGGUGACCGGCUACAGCUCCUCCGUCAUCAAGCCCGACCUCGGCGCCCUGGCCACUCCCCUGCACUCCGUGCUGCAGCAGCGCGUCCUGGCCCCGAGCCGUGCCGUGCACACCAUCACCCCCCAGGUGACCCAGGUCCAGCCUGAGCUCCACGUCCAGAAGGUGGCCGUCGACGUCCCCGUCCAGACCCCCUACGUCAGCGAGGUUGAGGUCCGUACCCCCCAGGUCGUCGCCAAGACCGCCCCCGUCAUCGCCGCCCCCGCUGUGGCCACCUACGCCGCCGCCGCCCCCGCUGUGGCCACCUACGCCGCCGCCGCCCCCGCUGUGGCCACCUACGCCGCCGCCGCCCCCGCUGUCCACACCUACGCCGCCGCCGCCCCCGCUGUACUUUUAUUUUUAUACUAUUUGUCAAGUCCAGUUGUAUUGUGA